AUGGCUACUUCUUUGAUCCAUGAUUUAAAUUCCAGUAGGAACGACUGGAAAAUUAAAGUUCGUGUUUCGCGCUUGAUUGAUGUGGUGAACUUCCGCAAACAAAAUAGUUUAAUUAGUUUGGACAUGGUCCUCAUCGACGAAGAGAUGUCGUUGGGGACAACAUUGACAUUGAGAUUGAGAGGUCUAGCUGAAACUGAUGGGAAAUCGAAGGUUAAGUAUCGGGAACGACUCGAAUGGGACCGUCCUUUGAAAAGGUGGGUAAAGAGGAAACAAAGAGUUUGCAUUGGUAGAUUGUCGUAUGUUCAUCCAACUUCAGGAGAGCGGUACUACUUACGAAUUCUUUUGACUAAGGUUCGUGGAGCAGAAUCUUAUGAGGAUAUGUUUUGUGCCAUAUUGUUGUUUUCAGAACGGGACGAAGUUCAGGUGAGUUUAUAUAAUGAUGAUGUUGAGAAAUAUAGAGACAUCAUGACACAAGGAAAAGUGUAUUCAAUUUCUCAUUUAGAGCUUAUGCCUCUAGAUAGCACUUACAAAUAUGUCUUAGAUCAAGAGAGACUUAGAUUUGGAAGAAAAACAAAUAUCUUGAACAUUUUUGAUGAUUGUGAUGAAGUACCAAAGUACAAUUUCAGAUUUGUAGACUUUGCUACCAUUCCACAAUACAUGGACAUGAAAAAUUCUCCUCGCUUUGUGUUAGAGGCCGUGAAGGGCAACAUGGAAACAAUAAGGUUAACUUUAUGGGAAAAAAUUGCUCACAAUCAAGGUGGUUUCUUACUCCACGAGCUUAAUCAGGAUUAUGUAUUAGGUGCAUCUUUGGUAUCAGUCGGCUCCUAUAAUGGUGCAUGUCUUUCGACAAUUGGGUGUAGUAGACUCUUUAUUGAUCCAGAUAUUGAUGAAACUGAUGAUGUUCAUGGAUGGUAUGCCGAUGAUGGAUAUGUGCAAAAACAUAUAAACUGGACUCAAACAUUAGCAAAUGACAUCUUCCAGAUGGAAAUGUUGCUUAAUGCCAGAAGAAUCAAGUUACAUCAAUACUCACCAUUUCCUAAUGUGAAAUACUUUCGAGUACUAGCAAGGACAUUAGAUAUUAAUUCUUCAGAGCCUCUUUGGUAUGAAUCAUGUGUUGGGCACUCAAAGAGAGUCGAUCUAUGGUCGCAAUGUGACCCCUCCUUUAGUAAGCCAAGAUUAAGAGUAAACGUAAGAAUUAUUGAUCAUACAAGUGCAAAGCGCGUUACACUUUUUGGAAAACAUGCUGAGAUGAUCAUCGGUCUUAAAGUUUUAGAUAUUAAAGAAUUUGAAAAUCAUCUAAACAGUGAUGAUAUCGUAGUUGCAUCGGUUUUGCGAGUAAGAUGGGAAGAAGAAUAUAAUUCUACUAUUUGA